AACGAAAUAAAAGUCCCGAAACAAAAAAACCGAACCAGAAAACCCCAAAAAAUAAAAAAUAAAAACGUUUCUGACGGUACGAAACGCGACAUGAGCGAUCACCAGCACCACCCGCGGCUCCACCACCUCCGGAGCACGCCGCAGCUCCUCCGGCAAGCCUCGGCCUCCUUCUUCUCCAACCUCCUCACCUUCCUCUUCCUCUCCCUCCUCAUCUUCUCCUUCCGCACCGUCGUCGAGAACGGGACCCACCUCCUCACCGCCUUCAUCGACCGCGACCCUUCCCUCAAGUCCCUCCUCUCCCGCCUCGACCUCGCCGCCAACCCCACCUCCUCCUCCCGAUCCCCCCACCCCUCUCCGGUCACCCUCCGCCGCCGCCGCCGCCCCUUCCUCCACCUCACCCGCGUCGGAACCCUCGACGAGGACUUCUUCUCCGGCGAAGACGACGACGACUCCCGCGCCCUCUUCGGCUCCACCCGCAAAGCCCCAAUCUUCAUCUUCUCUCACUUCACCUCCAAAUUAGGGUUUAAUGGGACUAGGGUUUCGGACAUGGCCCGCUCCGGCCUCUCCUUCAAAGCCGACCAAUUCACCAUCUCCAAUGAGAAAGCGACAGACAGAGACGGCGGCGAUAAUGAGGAGGAAGAAGAAGAAGAAGGCAAUUCGGAAAAUUCAGAAAUGGAUCGGAUUGUGGAUUUGCAAUUCUUCAUCAAGGGAUUGGAGCUGGGUCAACGCGACGUGGCGGCCCUGUUCUUCCUUGUGAGUUUCUUAUCCGCUGCAUAUGGCUGGGUCAUUCUAGGGUUUCUUGUUACGUAUUCUUGGGUCCUCGGCAUUGUGUUCACCACAGUUGUCAAUGAUCUGAUAGGGAGGUUUAAUUCGUUUAUUGGUUUAGUUUGGGAUGGGUCUAGAUUGGGAGUCAAGAGAUUGUCUGGCUUCAUUUUGAUGAGGUGGGCUGUGAGAGACGCGCUCACUCAGCUUCUAGGAUUGUGGUAUUUCGGUGAGAUUGAGGACCAGUACUCUUUUUUUAAGCUCUUCAUUAGGUUGAAGUUGAUGCCUUUCUCUGUCAUGCCUCCCUGGAUUCGAGGUUUCGACAAGGAGAUUUCCGGGUUUCUGUUGAUGUGGAUAUUUGUGGAUACGAUUGUGGCGUUCGUGUUUGCCGUGGAUGCUUGGAUUGCGAUAGUGGAUUCUAGGAAGAGUGGGAAGGAGAUUGUUAAGGAGGGGUUGCAGUUGGUGGGAUCGAUGUUCAGCCAAGCUCUGCAAAUAAAGUGCUUGGAACUUAUAUUUUGUGGGACGUCUGUAAAAUGGGGUCUGACUCGUGUUUUUGGAAGAUCGUUUGCCAAGGUCUUUCAGUCGACCAUGGAAGUCUACUUUUUGGUGGCUUGGUUGAUAUUUUACUUUGCAGCAAGGGCGAGGUGUAGGGAUGCUAGCUCACAGGGGGAUAGAAUUGGAGCACUUCAUUGAGGGCCUUUGAUGAUACCUGGCAUUAAUUGGCCGACAGUUUCUCCGGCAGGCUUCAAUUGUAAACACGACAUUACUGGUAAUUAUUCAGUGCUCUGUGUGUUCCUGUUUAGGAUUUCCUGAUGUUCAGCACUGCCAUUGUUUGGUGUGGUUGCUAGACAGUGUUGUUGUAUGUACUUUACCACGAGGCAAUAUACUACUUGUGUAUUUCUUGCACAAGGAUCCUUCAUGUGUAAAUGAUGUUGCAUUCAUUGUCUCAAUUCCCUGCAUUACAUGUGAUGAUCAUGAUGUAAGAAACCCGAGUGGUCAUUGUAAGAAUUUAGAUCAUUGUAGUAAUCAAACCUUCAUUUUUUCAAUCAUUUUUGUUUUA